ACUUCAUAUGUCAAUCUGAACACCAAACGCAGCGCCUCCUCGCAAUUAUCGCGGUUGCAUAAAAAUAUAUGAUUAAUCCGUUAUAGAGGCGAAUUUGGGUUCGUUCGGAAUGAGGCUUUGACUCCAUCCGAGCAAAACGACCCGACCAAAACAUUAUUAUAGCACAGGACAUCAACAUUUAACCGAUGCUCAUUUACAGCAGGUGGCGUUGCUUGUAUAAUCUAUAAUCGCGUUUCGAUCCGGACCUUGGAUUGGAUCUUCCUGUUGUUCAGAUUCAGCACUGGACAGCGACCGAUUUUGUCGCUCGGGCAUUCAAAACGACAAGGAAUCCUCGAGAAAGGUCGAAUCGACCCUUGCUUGGCUCGGGGCAAUGCGCGGCUAGAUGACUUCACUACAUCAACAAGCACGGUAGCCCUGGACUAAAUAUAUCACCACAUCCCCCUGCCUUCUCUCUUCCUUCUCUCUCAUCUUGAGCGCCUCCCGCCCGCUAGCACCAUGGGUAACCGAGGAAUGGAGGAUUUGAUCCCGCUGGUCAAUAAACUCCAGGACGCUUUCAGCGGCAUCGGUCAGAGCUGCAAUCUUGACCUGCCACAGAUCGCGGUAGUCGGCGGACAGAGCGCUGGCAAGAGCUCGGUGUUGGAGAACUUCGUUGGCAGGGACUUCCUGCCCCGAGGCUCUGGGAUCGUCACCCGCAGGCCCCUUGUUCUGCAGCUCAUCAGUGCCAAUGCAGAAUGGGCAGAGUUCUUACACUGCAAAGGGAAGAAAUUCACUGACUUCGAUGAGGUUCGCCAGGAGAUUGAGGCGGAGACUGACCGCAUUACUGGGGCCAAUAAGGGCAUAUCUCCCGUCCCCAUCAACCUGCGCGUCUACUCCCCACAUGUGCUGAACCUGACAAUGAUUGACCUGCCAGGCAUCACCAAGGUGCCCGUGGGGGACCAGCCAGUGGACAUUGAGCAGCAGAUCAGAGACAUGAUCAUGCAGUUCAUCUGCAGGGAGAGCUGUCUCAUCCUGGCUGUCACCCCGGCCAACUCUGACCUGGCCAACUCAGACGCCCUCAAACUGGCCAAAGACGUUGACCCCCAGGGCCAGCGGACCAUAGGAGUGAUCACCAAGCUGGAUCUGAUGGAUGAGGGAACAGACGCCAGGGAAGUCCUGGAGAACAAGCUGCUGCCCCUAAGGAGAGGUUAUAUUGGAGUGGUGAACCGCAGUCAGAAGGACAUUGAUGGGAAGAAAGACAUCAAGAUGGCUAUGGCUGCUGAGAGGAAGUUCUUCCUCACUCACCCAGCCUACAGACACAUGGCCGAAAAGAUGGGCACCCCGUGCCUACAGAAAGUCCUCAACCAGCAAUUGACCAACCACAUCCGCGACACGCUGCCGGCGUUCCGUAGCAAGCUGCAGACCCAGCUUCUGUCUCUGGAUAAGGAGGCAGAGGAGUACCGGGGAUACCGCCCUGAUGACCCGGGACGUAAGACCAAGCAACUGCUGCAGAUGGUGCAGCAGUUCUCUGUGGACUUUGAGAAGCGCAUCGAGGGCUCUGGGGACCAGGUGGAUACCGUAGAGCUCUCUGGUGGAGCCAAGAUCAACCGUAUCUUCCACGAGAGAUUCCCUUUCGAACUGGUCAAGAUGGAAUGUGAUGACAAGGAGAUGCGGCGAGAGAUCAGCUACGCCAUCAAGAACAUUCAUGGUAUCAGUGCACAGCAGAGCAGCAAGCAGAGCAGCAAGCAGAGUAAUGCUGCAAGCCAGGUCAGCCAGUUCAGUGCCUUUAAACCUGUCAGAAUUGUCUUCCUGCCAAUCACAACACCCACCACCACUAUGGCCCCAUCUCUUAACCCCUGUUCUCUAACCUCUGACCUCCGCCCCCUGCCCUCUCUACAGGUCAUCCGUAAGGGCUGGCUAACCAUCAACAACAUCAGCAUCAUUAAAGGUGGGGCCAAGGAGUACUGGUUUGUCCUGACCGCUGAGAGCCUGUCCUGGUUCAAGGAUGAUGAGGAGAAGGAGAAGAAAUACAUGCUCCCUCUUGACAACCUGAAGGUGCGAGACGUGGAGAAAGGCUUUAUGUCCAGCAAGCACGCCUUCGCCAUCUUCAACACCGAGCAGAGGAACGUGUACAAGGACAACCGUUUCCUGGAGCUGGCCUGUGACACUCAGGAUGAGGUGGACAGUUGGAGGGCUUCUCUCCUACGCGCUGGAGUCUACCCKGAAAGAUCUUCUAAUGUGGAGAGUGAGGGGGGCGGUUCCUCGUCCUCAUCCCAGGACAAUUUUUCCAUGGACCCUCAGCUGGAGCGGAAAGUGGAAACCAUCCGCAACCUGGUCGACUCCUACAUGGCCAUCGUUAACAAGUGCAUCCGCGACCUCAUGCCCAAGACCAUUAUGCACCUCAUGAUCAGCAACGUGAAGGACUUCAUCAACGCGGAGCUGCUGGCCCAGCUGUACUCGGCCGGGGACCAGGGUGCCCUGAUGGAUGAGUCCCAGGAGCAGGUCCAGAGGAGGGACGAGGUCCUCAGGACCCACCAGUCCCUGAAGGAGGCCCUGGCCAUCAUAGGAGACAUCUCCACCACCACCAUCUCCACCCCCAUGCCGCCGCCCGUGAACGACUGGCGCAGUGGAGGGGGAAACAGGUCUCCUCCAACCAGCCCCACUGGUUCCAGGAGGAUGUCAUCAGGCCAGCGCCCUAGUCCCGGAGGGGGCCGAGGGGCUCCACCCCCUCCUAACCGCCCAGGACCCCUGGGGCCCUUCAACAACAGUGCUGAUAGCCCCCAGGUCCCCAGCCGCCCCAACCGGGCCCCUCCCAGCAUCCCCAGUCGGCGACCUCCUCCUUCUCCAACAAGAAAUGUCCCCCCAUCUUAAGCAGUCAAAGGAGCGUGUGAUCUCUUAAGGGCCUAGUGCUCAUCCCCUAGUGCUCAUCCGUCCCCAUACCAACCCCAUACCCCCUAUCCUCCACAAGCCCCUCUUCUAUCUAUCCUUGGUCUUUACAUAGUGCAGACAUUGAACCUUUUGCCCUCUGACCCUGACCCCUGACCUCACGCCAGGUGACGAUCGAUGUCCAUGUAUCUAUGUACAGUAUGGUGCUUGUCUUGUGGUGUAUCUUUCUGUAUGUGUGCUUGUGCUCACCUGUGGUCCAGGUCUGUUUAGCAGAUCCAGUUCCUACUGAGUUUCAGCCCCUAGAAAACCUCCAUCUCCCUUACCUAGAACCCAACCUGCUGUCCCUAGAACCCCCCUCCUCACCCUCCACCCACCUCCACCUAGACCCCACUUGCUGCUUCUCUACAUAUCUAUGCUCAGCAGUGGCACUGCCCUACCCAUUCCAAAAUGCAGCAUGGCACAUAGGCUGCUUUUAUUGCAUGUGUGUGUGUGUGUGUGUGUGUGUGUGUGUGUGUGUUGUGUGUGUGUGGUGUGUGUGGUGUGUG